AGCCACAAUGUUUGCAUCGCCUCAAUCACAGUCUUCUUCAAUCCUCCCAAAGUCCACUUCAAUAUUUCUUGCUAUAUAAGUGUCACAAACAUGUCUCCACAUUCAUCACUAAACAAAGUGUCUUUUCUUUCCAAAUAGUAGAAAUGAAAGGUGGAGUAAUUAUCUUUCUCAUUUCUGUUGUGAGCCUCCUUGCCUCUGUGCAAUGCAAGAACCGCGAUCCUCUUAGGGAGCUGUUGAAAAGCCACAAGAAGAGGAGGUCGGAAACAUAUGAAGUAGUUGAGGAUGCUUCGACUGAGUACUCACCGGCCUACAUGUUGCCUCAAGACGGCCUAAAAGAGGAAGACAAGAUCACGGGGCUGCCUGGCCAGCCUCAGGUGAGCUUCCCUCAGUAUUCUGGAUACGUCACUGUUGAUCCUACAGCUGGACGCGCUCUUUUCUAUUGGCUCACCGAGGCUGAUGACUCCUCCAACAAGCCACUUGUGUUGUGGCUCAAUGGAGGACCAGGGUGUUCCUCGAUAGGAAAUGGCGCGAUGACAGAGCUUGGGCCGUUCCGUGUGAACUCAGACGGAAAGACGCUGUGGUACAAUAACAAGGCUUGGAAUACUGUGGCUAAUGUCCUGUUUUUGGAGUCUCCUGCUGGUGUUGGAUUUUCCUACUCGAACACGACGUCGGACUACGUGACAGGAGACACCAAAACUGCAGCGGAUUCCUACACUUUCUUGGUGAACUGGCUUGAGAGGUUCCCGGAAUACAAAACUCGCGAUUUCUACAUAACCGGAGAGAGCUACGCUGGUCACUACGUGCCCCAACUUGCUCAAUUGAUCCUAAAAAACAACAAAAUGACAAAUCAAACUGUCAUUAAUUUGAAAGGAAUUGCAAUUGGGAAUGCAUACAUUGACUACAUCGACGAGAAGAAUGGCUCGUACGACUACUACUGGUCGCAUGCUCUCAUUUCGGACGAGAGUCACUAUGGAAUUAUCAAAUACUGCAACUUCUCGGCUCCUGAAAUAUCAGACAAAUGCGAACAAGCUAUGGAUCAAGCACAUGGUGAAAUUGGAAACAUAUUCGGUUAUGACAUCUACGCGCCUCUUUGUGGUUCAAACUCUACCGCACCAUCGUUGUCUUCAUUUGAUCCAUGCUCGAGUGACUAUGUUUUCACGUACCUAAACACGCCUGAAGUGCAACAAGCACUUCACGCGAACAUCAGUGGAGCUCUUCCCGGGCCAUGGAACGCUUGCAGUGGUCUCAUAUCAUGGACUGAUGAGCCGGAGACAGUUUUACCUGUCAUCAAGGAGCUCAUGGCUAGCGGCAUUAGCGUCUGGAUCUACAGUGGCGACACAGAUGGAGUGGUGCCGGUGACAACAACCAGGUACUCGUUGCCCAAACUAAGCACCACUGUUAAGACUCCGUGGUACCCAUGGUACUCUCAGGGCGAGGUUGGAGGAUACGCGGUGGGAUAUGAGAAUGUGACAUUUGUGACCAUAAGAGGAGCUGGGCAUUUCGUCCCGAGCUAUCAGCCCGAGAGAGCAAUCGCCUUCUUCUCGUCCUUCUUGGAGGGGAAGCUGCCUCCCAGCAGCUAAACAUGCCAUCAAGACAGAGCUAAACACAGAACGAUAUGUCAAAGACUAUCAGUUCGUUCUAUCUAUCUAUCUACCAAAGUUCUACUUAUAAUAAUAGAUGUUUUGUGAUGAACUUUUAAUGUUUGUUCAUUGCACAAAACAUUAGCCACACUUUAUCUAAUACCAUAAUUCUCCUGUCUAGAAAAAUGAGAAGAGGAAUUAGAAAUGUUUGAGU